AUGAUUUCUGCGUACUCGGAAGCUCAAUUGAGCAAGUAUCUGGCGUACCUUGCGCUCCCAUCUCAAUAUGCACCAUACGCACAGCAUCCGGCCUCGUUCCCGAAGACCGAGGAUGCGCUGACUGCGCUGUUCCAGUGUCAAAUUACCAGGUUCCCCUACGACAAUUUGUCGGUGCAUUAUUCAGAGACGAACCUUGCUGAGAUCGAGCCCCAGCGUAUCUAUGUCAAGCUCAUGGGUGCCGAAGUGGAGAAUCCUACCGGACGGGGAGGGUAUUGUCUAGAAUGCAGUAUCUUCUUUUACCAUGCCCUCCUCGGACUGGGGUUUGACGUAUACAUGACUGGUGUGCGGAAUCGAGGGCGAAUUGAUGGAAUUCCACAAGGGGAGUUUAGGGGGUGGACACACAUCGUCAACAUAAUCAAACUGCCAACCGGACAGGAAUACCACGCGGACGCAGCCUUCGGCGGUGAUGGUGCAACAAGACCCCUCCCCCUGAUCUCGGGACAAGUCUGGCAAAACCUGGGCCCGCAGCAGGUUCGUCUGGUAUACGGGAAUAUGCCGAAACAGACGCGGCCCGAGCAGAAGGUUUGGUUGUAUCAAUAUCGGAAUGGCGUUGGGAAGGAGUGGAAUACCUUCUAUAGUUUUGCGGAGUUUGAGUUCUUUCAGGAUGAUUUUGAGGUUAUGAAUCGGUUUACCAGCUGGGAGGCGAGGGAGAGGGGUAAUUUUUGGGUUGUGAGGUUUAUUCGGAAUGGGGAGACGCGUGGUUUGCCGUUGCUCGAGGGGGAAGGUAGUCUGCUUGGGGAGGAUGAUGUUAGCGUUGUUGGGAAGAUUAUGUUUGUUAAUGAUGUUGUUAAGUUGAAUAUGGGUGGGAAGACGAGGGUGGUUGAUCAGUUUGGGACGGAGGAGGAGAGGCUGAGGGGGUUGAAGAAGUGGUUUGGGAUUUCGAUUUAG